AUUUGCCUUGCGAUGGCCAAGGCCGUGAAGCCAGGCAGCAGCGAGGAUGCGAGUCCGCUGACGAACGACGAGCGCGAGAUACCGAUAGCGCUCAACCUGCCGGGCUUGGCCAUGACCUUUGGCGUCGACUGGGUCUUGGACACGUCGGACCUCUGCGCCGCACGCGAGAAAGAGAUUGAGCUUCUCGCACGCGUCCGCGCCCUGGAAGACGAGAACGCUUCGCUGCGGGACAAGUGCCAGCGCAUCAGCGAAGAGUCGAAUCUCGACAAGUUCAAGAGUCAACUGCUCGUUGAAAUGCUGGCCGUGAGCUCGCUCGAUGAAGAGCGCACAAAAGCCGAGUUUGCCAAGGAGCAGUCCAAGGUCCUGCGACUGCGCCACGACAUGAAGCUCUUGCUCGAGAAAGCCACCAACGAGAACGUCGACGUCCGCGACUUGCUCCGGGCCCUCGCCGAGCCAUGACUCUGAAUAGCAGGAGCGUCGUCGAUUACGCGGCUAAUAAUACGCAACGCACCAUGACAUGUUCCAUCCGCC